AUGGAGCUCGACCUCGCCCAAGAGACGCUAGAGCGGAAGCGGGUGAGCACGCUCGUGCGCUGCGCUCUUCAACGACUGGAAGCAGAGCUGCGAGCUGGAACAGACACCGUCGCUGGAAGAGACGGACGAUUCCCGAAGCUCACGCCGACUGCUUCGCGUGCUUUAACCUAUUACGUUCGUUUGUUCACUUUAGAGUGCCUGCAGCGCUCUAUUUUGGAAGCGGAGAUAGAAGCUGGUGUCGGUGAUCGAGCAGAGGAGUCGCUGGUGAACCUUGCAACAACCGAGACACCCGAGGACGUCGGCAGCAGGCACGUGUCGGCGGUGGAAAGCUCGAGGGUAGUCCGGGUUCAGCCCGAGCACGUGUUGCGCGUUAUUCCCCAGCUACUGCUGGACUUUUAG